UGGAGCGCUUGCAUUGGUCAUCCUCGGGACCGGGGGCGGGACUGAUAGCCCAGAAGGAGCGGCGGCCACUGCGGAGCCGGUGUGAGACGGCUGAACUGGACCGCGGGCCACUGCAGGGCGCGGCGAGAUGGAGGUGACGGGGAUAUCGGCGCCCACGGUGACGGUUUUCAUCAGCAGCUCUCUCAACAGCUUCCGCUCGGAGAAGCGGUACAGUCGUAGCCUUACCAUCGCAGAGUUCAAGUGUAAACUACAACUGGUGGUGGGCAGUCCUGCCUCCUGCAUGGAGCUGGAGCUGUACGGAGCUGAUGACAAGUUCUACAGCAAGUUGGAUCAAGAGGAUGCACUGCUGGGCUCCUAUCCUGUAGAUGAUGGCUGCCGCAUCCAUGUCAUUGACCACAGUGGCAUCCGCCUUGGAGAGUAUGAAGAUGUGUCCAAGGUGGAGAAAUAUGAAAUGUCAUCAGAAGCUUAUGACCGGAGGCAAAACACAGUUCGAUCCUUCAUGAAGCGCAGCAAGGUAGGCCCAUACAAUGAGGAACUUCGGGCACAGCAGGAGGCGGAAGCCGCCCAGCGCCUCAGCGAGGAGAAGACCCAAGCCAGCGCCAUCUCUGUGGGUAGCCGUUGUGAGGUGCAGGCACCUGGCCAGUCCCCGCGCCGGGGCACUGUCAUGUAUGUAGGACUCACAGAUUUCAAGCCAGGCUACUGGGUUGGUGUCAGAUACGAUGAGCCGUUAGGGAAAAACGAUGGCAGUGUGAAUGGGAAACGCUACUUUGAAUGCCAGGCCAAGUACGGAGCCUUUGUCAAGCCGGCACUCGUCACCGUGGGAGACUUCCCCGAGGAGGACUACGGCUUGGAUGAGAUGUGACACUGAACGAAGGGCGUCCCCCUCUGUCUGUCUGCCUGUGGCCCUUUUCCUCUGAUCCCGUUUAUUUUAUUCUCUUUUCUGCCAUUGGUUUUUGAGAUUUGUGCAUUAAAUUAAUCAGAAUCCAG